AUGAGUGUCACCGACCCUAAGAAGGAGAACGAGUCAGCGCCGCUGCUGCCCACGACGACCUCGGACCCCGUUGCCGCCAAAGUCGAAGCCGAGCCGAGCCACCACGCGCUGCUGGGAAUCGGAUGCGUGGCGGUGGCGUCCGUGUGUUUUAGCUUCAUGUCCACGUUCAUCAAGUACAUGACGUUCACCUUCUCGUCCAUGGAGGCCACGCUCUGGCGCUCGUUCGGCGUGCUCGUCCUCGACGUCCCGGAAGAGUACCGCAAGAUGCUGCUCUACCGCUGCAUCACCGGCUUCUCGUGCAUGGGCUUCGCGUUCUACGCGAUGUCGCAGAUGGUGCUGGCGGACGCAAGCGUCUUGGUCCUCACAAGCCCCGUCAUGACCUUCUUCUUCGGUGCCCUCUUCCUGCACGAGAAAAUCGACCCCGUGAGUCUUUUGUGCGCCAUCGGGGCGUUCGGCGGCCUGAUCUGCGUCGUGCGGCCCGGGUUCAUUUUCGGCUACGAUCACCCGACGGCUGCUACCGAUGGCUCGUGGAUCGGGGGGCUGAACGUCUUCGUCAUCGUGCACUACUUCGCAUUGGCUAGCGUCAUCUUGACGUUGCUGUGGCUGGCGCUGAUUCAACAGUCAUUCUACAUCCCGACGACAUUUUUGCUGUGGAGAACUAUCAUCGGCACCGGCAUCUUCACGUUCGGUGGUCAAAUGUUCCUCACGAGGGGUUUCCAGUUGGAGAAGGCUGGCGUCGCGUCUGCCAUGCGCUACCUGGACGUGGUGUUUGUUUUCAUUUGGGAUUCGACGAUUCUGGGCGAGCACAUCAACCAUUGGAGUAUUGUAGGCGCCGUGAUCAUCCUGAUUUGCGCGGUGGUGAUCGCUGUUCGCAAGAUUCAGACGACUAUGCGAAGUUAA